AUGGUUAAAAACAUCAAAGCCGUCUCCCGCGUCCUCAACACCAACGAACUCCUAGAAGCCAUCCUAAAACACAUUCCAUCACAAGAACUUCUAGAAUCCACGCGUUUCGUUUCUAAAGACUGGCAAGCUCUAAUAGAAACAUCACCAAAACUCAAAUGGAAAACCUGGCAAUGGAAGGGGACUACCAUCCCGCCUUCAAUUCUCGAGGAUACCGAUCCAUCCCUUCUUUCGACAAAUGGUAAAAAAUACGGAUACGAAUUCGCAGCAGAUGCAAUAUACUGGGUUCGAAAAUUCUGGUGUAUGGCUCUUACCGCUCCGAGAAACUGGGACGGAGAGGAUGGAUUGUCACCAGGCAUGUGCGAGUGGAUGGUAAAUCAACUCCCUGAUAUGGAAUUGUUUCGACCGCGGAUUGGGAAAAUACAUAUAACGUUUGAACUGAAGUGGAUCAUCCAUGGUAUUAACUUAGCAAUUGAGACACCGGGAGCAUCCGAGGUAUAUGUGCCGGAUGACGAAUUUACCUUGAAGGAUUUUGCUCGUAUAAUCUACGAGAAGGUAUUAUCGUCACGGGGUAUGGGACUAUUCCAGUAUGUGUGGGAAAGAACUAAAAAUGGACGAUGGGUUAAGAAAGUUCAAAGGAGAUUUGAACUUCUCAUCAUGGUUUCUACUCAUGUCCCGAAGAAACUAGAUUCUACAGAGGCAGCAACCGACCCUGUCAAAUACUCAAUCAGGGCGGGCUUUGUUUUUGACUUACGAAACUUGGAGCUGAACUCUAAACGUGGAUUGAGUGUCAGAAUUGAAUACUGGUUACCUGGAAAGGUACAUCCUGAAGCCUGUGAGAAACCGCCUAUUUUCCCUGGAAGCGCUGGAGAUAUCUAA